UUGUAGCCUAUAUCUCGUAAAAACGACAUUCAUUUGGCGUCAGUCUGUUUGUGAGUUUCACCGGUUGAAGAUCUCGUCGAAUCGCUGGAUCGAUCUAUCAUCGUUGUGCCUCCCCAAGUGUGAUCAUUACUUUCUAAUUUUGUGCCUAAUCAUCUCCCCCCUGAAAGAGCAAAAUGGAUUUCUACUACCUGCCAGGAUCUGCUCCAUGCCGUGCCGUCCAGAUGACCGCGGCCGCCGUUGGCGUUGAGCUGAACCUGAAGCUCACCAAUCUGAUGGCCGGAGAGCACAUGAAGCCGGAAUUCCUCAAGAUCAACCCGCAGCACUGCAUCCCAACGCUGGUCGAUAAUGGGUUCGCCCUGUGGGAAUCCCGCGCCAUCUGUGCCUAUCUGGUGGAAAAAUACGGCAAGGACGAUUCCCUGUACCCGAAGGAUCCCCAGAAGCGGGCCCUGGUCAACCAGCGGCUGUUCUUCGACAUGGGAACGCUCUACCAGCGGUUCGGAGACUACUGGUACCCGCAGAUCUUCGCCAAGGCACCGGCCAACCCGGACAACCUGAAGAAGAUGGAGGAAGCCGUCGGAUUCCUGAACACCUUCCUUGAGGGCCAUCAGUACGCGGCCGGCGAUCAGCUGACCAUUGCCGAUCUGAGUUUGGCCGCCAGUGCCGCCACCUACGAGGUGGCCGGUUUCGACUUUGCCAAGUACCCAAAUGUCCAUGCAUGGCUGGAACGAUGCAAGAAGAACGCCCCCGGCUAUGCUCUGAACCAGGCCGGCGCUGAUGAGUUCAAGGCCAAGUUCCUGUCCGGGCACUGAAUCAAGAAUCAUUCAAGAAUCAUUCGCAUUUAAGGCAUCACAAACAUUGGCAAUAAGAAUCGUACAUUUUCAGUCGUACAUAAAA